CACAGAAAUAGGAAGUUUACUACAUCAGUCUUGCCAAUAUUAUAAAAGUGUUACUAUCUUUUUUUAUUUUAAAGAGAUAGAAAAAGACAAAAAGUCUAAAGAUAGUGACAUUUAUUUUUAGCCAAUCACAGGAGACUUUUUAAAUUCAUUCUAGCGUCGUUGGCGCUUGGCUUCGUUCGUUUUUGCGUUUAACGUGUUGGGUACUUUUUGAUUUGCUUGCGUGAAUUUGUUUGUAAACGGUAUUUUGUAUUAUUGUGUUCUCUGGAAAAAUAUAAUAUAUUAAAACCUAACUGUGUUACUGUGAAUAGAUGCAUAUUCUAUUAACGUGACAGUAUGUCUACAAGAAGCGGUCGAGUUAGAACCAGUGUUGCUAAUAUAAGUCCGGUGCGCACUCGGAAAGGUGUGUCGCCAGUGCGGUCUCCCGCCAGAACGCGGAAAAGUUCACCAAGGAAAAGUUCUCCCGCGCGGUCGACGCAAAAGUCACCCUCAAGGAAAUCGCCCAGUAGAAAACCGGAAUCUAAGUUUCCAGCUCGUAAGUCGCCUUCUCGAACCACUAAAGAAACCAAACAAACUGCUGAGAUACAGCCGCAAGUCGUUCAAAAAUCCCCUUCAAAGCGGCCUGCUAUUAAAUCUGACUUAGCGGUGAGGCUCGUAGAUUAUUCAUCUAAAUUCGAGUCUUUCCAAAGCACACUUACCAAACGAUCUGAAUUUGCAACCAAGGAUGUAACAUUAGCACAGAACGAGUUCGUGUUAGGAAAGGUCAACGGCUUAGAUGCUGUUGAUUUUAGUUAUGGCUUGCGGAAUAGAUCGGUCGAGGCUGAGUUGACGCCGCGACGAUCGAGUCGGCUACGAGAGAUCAAAGACAAGUUCGACGAUGCUGAAUUACGCAGAAGCGUUAGUAAGUCACUUACUCACAGCAACUCGGUCAGUAAAUCACUUGACCAAUUUUCUGAUGAAGAAAGUGUAUAUGAGGAAAUUCCAAAGGAAAAGUCCAAAUCGGUGACUAGGAAACUUGCUACACCAUUGAGGAGUAGCAUAAGCAGCCUGACCAAUAUUUCAAGUAGAUGGGAGUUUGGAGGCCGUGCUGGGGCUGCAGCUUUGAUCCUGUUAAUGCCGUUAACAGUUUGCAGUAUAAUAAUAUCAUGCAAACAUUCAUGCUCCCUUAAUAUAGAUCUGAAUAAAUAUAAGGAUUUGCAAUUCUGGCUUAGUUUGAGAUCACUAGGAUUGAUUUCCAGUCUGCUUGUUAUUCAAACUGUAUUUGCUGUUAUUCCCAUAUUCGGUACAAAAGCAGACUUGAUGGAUGGACGAGAUCAUAAAUACUGUUUCAAUGCAUUUUUUGCAAGUCUAUUUACUGUUGGUUUGGUUUAUAUAUUGCAAUAUCUACAAGUAUUAAAUAAAGAAGUCAUUGUCAAUGAAUAUUUGCAAUUGGCUGCAACAUCUUAUAUAUUUGGAUUUAUUUUGAGUAUUAUGGUCUACAUUAAGAGUAGGAGACUCAAAGAUAAUGAGUUAAACACAUAUGGAAACACAGGAUACAGAUUAUACGAUUUCUUCAUGGGACGGGAGAUCCAUUGCUACCUAAAAAAAUUGAAUGUGAAGGUUUUGAUUUCAAGAACAUGCAACAUUACAACUCUGAUAUUGUUACUAUUUAUACUCUCUCAAGGCAUCCAUCUUCAAAUAAAUGAUAAAGUGCAACUCACAAUAGAGAACUACAAAGAGAUACUGAACAAAGUACAGUUACAACCCACAAUUAUAGUAUUCACAAUAAUGCAAAUAAUUUAUAUUCUUAACUUUAUUGUAAAGGAGUACAAGAUAACCAGCACAUUUUAUUGGCAGUCUGAGGGUGUUGGGUACCUCCAGAUUGUGUCGAGUGCACUUUAUCCUUACUACUUCACAACAAUAUCUAAACAUGUGGCAGAUAGUAAACUUGUCCUGUCGACUAAUGCUUUGGUCUUUGCUUCUGUGCUCUUUACAUUGGGAUUAUUUGUCAUGCUUGCUAGUAAUAAUAUUAAACACAAGUUCCGGGCGAAUCCAUUGCUUCCCAGCUUGGCAAACUUAGACUCGAUGCCAACGUUCCAUGGGAAUAAACUGCUCAUCUCUGGUCUUUGGGGCGUAUUGCGGCAUCCGAACUACACUGGCGAUAUUAUUAUCCAUAUUUGUUUAGCUUUGCCUGGCCUUUUAUCUAAAAAGUAUAUAGCGGCAGUGCCAGCUAUACUGACAAUACUUGGGCUGGGUUACCGUGUAUGGCGGGACCACUACCGGUGCAGAAGUCGCUAUGGCGCCGCCUGGCACAGAUAUUGCAAAAAAGUUCCGUCAGUAAUCAUACCAAAAAUACUAUGAUACUGAGAAUGUGCAAGGUUAUAUCAGCUCUCUAAUUGUCAAUUCGGAACUUUUGUAUUUAAAUUUGGUGAAGGAAUGAUAUUUUUAAAACGCGUCGAAAAAAUUCAUUUACCUCUGUUUUUGAGCAAUUUUAUUUAAUAAAAAUCGUCAUACAUUUUACGUAAUAGUUUCAUAACAAUAAAAAUGUUUUGAAAAAAAUUAAUGAAAAAUUAAAUUUUCACAUGAUUGUCAAAAUUGAUUAAGAACUUGACGCGUAGAUUUUAAAGUUUGUAGACUUAAAAGAAAUGCAAUUAAAAAGUGAUUAUCAAAACUCAUCACAAAGCAAUCAAUAUCUUGACUAUUAUUACAUGUACAUGUUACAAUGUGUAAUGUCUAUUUUAUAUUAUGAAAGAAUAUUUACUAUUUUAUUACAGAGUGUACAUAAGAUUUAUAUAAGUACUAUAAAUUUAUAUUUGAGAUUAUUUAGGUAUUUUAGAUAUAAAUGAUUGGCAAAUAUUGUUAUGAAAUUUUUACAAGUGUUUUAGUAACAUAAUUUUACACCAAAAAAAAUGCAUGUGUCGUGUGUUCGUCUCUCUGUAUCGUCUAAAUACGAAUUGGUACAAUUUUUUAAUCUUUUGAUAAAGCCUGUUCUUUUUAUUUACAAUAACUACUAGAGGUUAUACUGCUUUUAUAAACAGUCACCUGAUUUAACCAACAGUCACAUACAUGGUUUUAUCAUUUUAUGUAGUAAUAAUUGUAGUUAUUUUUCUGUUUCUCCCCAAUGUGACCAACGCGAAGUUUAUUUUCGACUAUUGUAUGUAUUCGAACUAUUAUUAAUUUACUUUAUUUUUAAAAAUGUACAAAAGUUUUAUUAGGUUUUUCUUAGGCUAAUAUAAUUUUAUAUCUACACUCGAAUGUAUUACGAUUUACGUUAGAAUUAUUUUUUGACUUUAAUAAUUAGAUUCAAUUAUAAGAUAGUAGACUUAAGUAUUUUUAGAAAUGUAGUUUUAAUUAUUAUGUAGUCUAUACAAUUUUAAAAACUGAGCGUGUCAAAGCAAUAUUCGGUAGAAAUAUUAUGUAGCUUGUAGUACUAUUCUUGUAGUACAGCAGCAUGUGCUCAAAGGAAUAUCCUUCAUUUUAGUAUUACAAAAAUAUGUAUUAUCAUAGUUAAUAUAAUAUAAAUAUUAUAGCGCUCGAUGUUAUGUAUUUACUACUUAAUACUUCUACAUAAUUUAAAUCUUCAAAUUACACGUGUUCAAGACAAAGUAAAAUAUAUAAUGAAAUCUAAUUAUACUGUGUUGUAAUAUGGCGGUAAUAUUUAAAAAAUGAUUUGUAUGUUUAUCGAUUGUCUAGAAAAAAGCAUUGUAGGGCAAAUGAUUAGUAAUUAACGAGUUAAAUUAUCAAAGUAAGACUUGGCAAUGCCCGCCGAAUUUGAAAUUAGAGACUAUAUUUUGAUAAUGUAUUAGGUACUCUUUAACAUAUAUAUUGGGCAAGCCAUUGGAUAACAUUUAACGAGCAAUAAAUUGCUCAACAUAUUACAUCUAUAGUCUAUUGCACGUAGAAUCUCUUACAAAAUAUAUUGAUUAAGAAAAAUAUUAUUGUUAUAAACUACAGUUUACAAGCCAUAGUGCCAAGUAGAGGUCGUUGACGAUCCUAUUCCUAUUUUGACGCAUAUUUACUUCAAUAUUUUUAAAAAUUAAUAAUAAUUAAAUUAAUAGUAUACAGGUGACUGAUAAAUUAGCUGUUAUAUUUUAUAAAAGAUUAUGUAUUUCUUACAUUAAGGCGUUUCAAUUUAUCUUAAAUGAUUGAAUAAAUAUUUUGUAAAUAUUUAAUA